UAAUGCUUCCCACUGAAACUACCAGAAACAUCCAGAAAAUGGAGCAGAAAAACGCAGCCCAGGGAUCAGAAAAACCCUCAGUCCACUCAAUUAAACCUUGGAGUGACCAGGAAAUCCAGAGUUUCCUGCAAGAAUGGGAAUUUCUUGAGCGUGAGGUGUACAGGGUGAAGAAGAAGUAUCACAUAGUAUCAAAAACAAUUGCUGUGCGUCUCAAGGAGAGGGGUAUGAAUAAGAGCUGGAAGGAAUGUCUCCAGAUGCUGAUAAGCUUGCAGGACUUAUACUUCACUAUUCAGGAGGCCAACCAGAGGCCAAGGUGCCAACCCUUGCCAUGUCCUUAUGGCGAGACCCUGCACAGGAUUCUGGGGUACAGAUGGAAGAUCAGUGUCUUUUCAGGUCCUCCCUGUGCACAUGUGGCUAACCUCGCACCUCCCGGGCACCAGCCCCAGGCCUAUGGCGUUCCCAUAGUCUUUCAGGAGCCAAUGUGGGCCCCAACACCUGUGAUCUUUGUGGAAAAUCCUCAGGUACCCGGAUGGGAGCCCUGGAACAUGAAUGGUCAUGUUCCAUGUAUGUAUCCUGCUUUUCCCCCAGCAGCCCCAGGCCCCCUACCACAGUGGGCCAUCUCUACUGACUGAUCCAGAUCUCGAAGACAAUUAGAAUCUGGAUCCUGAUUGUUCAGAAAGACUGAAAAACAGCACAAUCUGUGUGUAGUGAAUGACUCCUUCCUCUCCUCACCUGGUGCUUUCAGUUACUCACUGGUGCAGUGAGAAUAAAUGUGAAAUAAUGAAUGACCAUGACCUC